AUGUCCCUACAACUCAACACGAUUAUGCCUUCAACCACCACACUCUACCAAUCAACAUCCUAUUCCACCUGGCCACACGUGCUGCAGUUCACAGCAGGGCUCUUGGACACGUUCGCAGAUGCCCUGACCAAAUGGAUCCAGAUCAUCAUCAACGGUCUUCUGUGGCUGCUGUUCAAACUCCGUCGUGUAAGGUUUUAUCUCGAUCGAUUGGAUCAAGGGCAGGAAGAUCAGCUUUUGAGGCAGCAGCAGCGGUGGCUCGAACUUGGGGAGAUCGAGUUGGAGAGGAUGAGGAGCGAUUUGAGGCAGUAG